AUGGUGCGACGCGCCUCGAGCGUGCCGCAUCUGAACAAUAGCGGUGGCAGCAGCGCCGAUAGCGUCAAUGCACGCGGUCGUGCUCCGGCUGGCGUUGCCGGCGCAGCGGGGCGUGGCAGACGGGGCAACAAUGCCGCCGGCAAGGCAACAACGCCGACGCAACAGCGCCAGAGCUCCGGCAGCUCGGGCAGCGGCAGCCGUGUGCCGCGCUCCCGCAGCCUGACCAACGGCAUGCGGCGACUCAGCCCGCAAAAGGUCGGCAGCAGCGGAAGCGGCACGGGCGGCAGCUCACGCAAUACGCCGUACUUUCUGCGUGCCCGUGAAAACGAAAUUGGCAGUGCGGAUACAUUGGAAAUUGUGGCCUCCAAGUCCACGGGCACCGGCAGCGAGGAGCCCUCAACGCCCGAGGAUAACAUCAAUGUGGUGGUGCGUGUGCGACCCCUGAACGAGAAGGAGAAGCGCGACAGGCACGGAGCAACAUUACAGUUUCCUGGCAAUGGACAAGUCAUUAUCGAGGGCAAUGACACGGGCGCCAAGCGUUCCCACAAUCGCGACAGCGUGCGGGUGUUCACGUACAAUGUGGUCUUCGAGCCGGGCGCCACGCAGGAGGACAUACUGGACUAUUCGGGCAUCAAGCGCAUCAUUGAGAUGGGCAUCGAGGGCUUUAGCUGUACGGCGUUUUGCUAUGGACAGACGGGUUCCGGCAAGACCCACACACUGACCGGGCCACCGGAUUUGUUUGUGGGCAAACCCAAUCUGAAAGAUCCGCGUCAUGGCCUGAUCUUCCGCUCGUUUUUGUAUCUCUUCCAAUUGAUUAAGAAUCGCAAGGAUGUCAACUAUGUGCUCAAGGCCUCGUUUAUGGAGAUUUACAAUGAACGGGUAAUCGAUUUGCUCAAUCCGGGAAGCGCUCGCAAGCCGCUUGCCGUGCGCUGGUCCAAGAAAUCCGGCGGCUUUUUUGUGGAGAAUUUAUUUACGGUCGACUGCGAGGAACUUGACGAUUUGCUGGCUGUGCUAGAGGAGGGUAUGAGGAAUCGCGCCGUUGGCUCGCAUGCGAUGAAUAAUCAUUCAUCGCGUUCGCAUACGAUAUUAACGGUACACAUACUAUCGGAUCAACAAACAGAUGGCGGCGUAUUUCUCUCCAAGCACGGCAAGAUCAAUUUUGUGGACUUGGCGGGCAGCGAACUGACCAAAAAGACCAUGAGCGAGGGCAAGACUUUGGAGGAGGCAAACAACAUCAACAAGAGCCUCAUGGUGCUGGGCUAUUGCAUCUCGUCGCUGAGCGAUAAUAAGAAGCGCACCGGGCACAUUCCAUACAGGGACAGUCAGCUGACCAAGCUGCUGGCCGACAGUCUGGCCGGGAACGGGGUCACGCUGAUGAUUGCCUGCGUCUCGCCGGCACAUUAUAAUCAUGCCGAGACGUUGAACACGCUGCGCUAUGCAUCGCGGGCGAAGCGCAUACGGACCAAGCCCGUCAUCAUGAUGGAUCCGCGUGAGGCGCUUAUACUUAGCUUGAAGCGUGACAUACAUGCGCUCCAGAUGGAGAAUGAGCACCUGAAGGCGGCGCUCAAUCUGCACCAUCAGGCGACGACGGCAGCUGACGGACCUGGCGCUGGCAAUCUCUUGGAGCUGCAGCUGGAGCGCGUCAACAGCGGCGAUGGCGGGGCACCAGUGCCCAAGGUGGAUCUGGAGCGUUUGCCGGAACUGGAUGGCAGCGAGCUGGCGGAGCUGGUUAAGCUGUACAUGGCCGAAAAUGAAUCGCUGCGGCAGGAGAACAAUCAUUUGUUUACGGUGCGCGAGACCAUACUGAGGGAUCAGGAGAUUGUGUGCCGGGAAAAUGAGCGUUUGCUCAAAAAAUUGGAGGAAGUGAACAAUGUCUGUGUGCGUUCCCCCCUGAUACCUGCACGACCGGCCAUCUCGCCAACGACGGGCAAAGAAACGCCCGGCACCGAGAUCUGGACAAACCCGGAACCAGCUGUUCCAGCAGCAGUGCUCCCAUUGCAGCAGCGCAUGUCUGAGAAUGCGGACAAGCGUACGCAUACGGCCCAAAAGCGCAUCGAUCAGCAGCGCAUUGCCAAGAAUAUUCUGCUCAUGGCGAAUGCCUUUCGGAUGCCCAAUGCAACAGAGCUGGAACUGCACAAGGAGCAGCAGUUAACCAAUAACAAUAAUAACAACAAUGAGCAUGUGCAGCCUGAUUUAAUGCCAGACAUGCUAACGUAAUAAAUCUAUUAAUGUACCUACUACCAACAUACAAAUAUGCUAUAUUCAUAUAUAUUUUUGGAACAAUUAAAACUAAUG